AGGGUAGACAUGCUGAGUGGGCACGUGGAAACGUUCGCUGGUUAAAAGGAGGAGACACCAAAUAAAUGACAAGAUGACUUCUUUAGCACGCCAGUUAAAACGUUUGGCUUUACCUCAGAAUGAUUCAACUCUCCUCUGUCGAAAAGAGAUUGCAUCUCUACUCUUUUACCCUAAACAAGCUGCUAGUAUUGACAGAGACACAUUCUACGCAAUAGGGUGCACAGGCCUGGAAGAGCUCAUUGGUAUUGAGAAUGCCUUUGAACAGUUUGAGGAAACCUUGUUUAGCCAGGCUUCUAAGAGCUUGGAGCGCAGCGUUCAGUCCAGGGAAGUAAAUAAACAACUGGAUGAGCAAAUCUCCCUGUUCUUGACACUGAUGUCUCCAUACUUCAUGUUGAAGCCUGCACAUAAAUGCCUCGAAUGGCUGAUUUUUAGGUUCCAUAUUCAUCUUUACAACCAAGACAGUCUGAUUGCAUGUGCUUUACCAUAUCACGAGACGAAAGUAUUUGUGAGAGUCAUUCAACUUUUAAUGCUCAGUGAUCCUACGAGCAAGUGGAAUUGGCUUGAGCCGGCACAGAAACAUGGUGUCCCUUUGGCAAGAGGAACCUUGAUUACGCACUGUUACAAAGAUUUAGGUUUCAUGGAUUUUAUCUGCAACUUUGUAACCAAAUCUAUUAAGGCAUAUUCUGGGCAUACAGGAAGCAAUUCCCAGCUCAGAGUCCUUUUCUCCUUUUAUGCAUCCACAAUUGUUCCUGCUCUUGAUGCCUCUGAAAAAAUAACGGACACAGUGAUUGCAAAGAUAUUGCCAUAUAUACAGAAGGGUCUGAAGUCUUCUCAUGGAGAUUAUAAGGCUGCAACUUACAUGAUUAUAUGUCAGCUGGCAAUCAAAGUCGUGAUGGAGGGGGCCUUAGUAAAUAAUCUAGUGGUUCAAAUCAGCAAGUCAUUAAAAAAAUCACCAGUUCUGCUAAAAGAAGGAAUAGGAUGUCUUAUUGUUCUGCUUCAGAAUCAGAAAGCAGACAGAGUGGAUACAAAAUCAUGUUUCUUGCUGUGCUCGGUUCCUGACUUAGACUCCACUCUUCAAAGUAUUGCAGAAUCCUAUGAUAGCACUUCUCUGCUCUCAUACCUCCUUCCAAACAUAAUAAGAUCUGUCAUCUCAGGAGAAGAGUCUAUCCCUCAGGAUGAUUCUUCAGAAGAUGUUAACUUUUCUGAUAUUUUAGACUCCAUUUUACACAAUCUUACACUGGAGAAUGAUUUGGAUCAUUUAAUUGCCAAGGUGUUUCUCCAGGAAUACAUAUCAUUUGGCUUAAAAAGUGGAAACAGAAGUAUCACUCAACUUAAUGAGAAGAUUCAACCAUUUGUCCGACUGGUUGAGACAAAGUAUUCCAAAGCUCUUGACAGUGUUCUAGAGGGAUAUUUAAAGGAUAUUGAUGGAAAAAAGGAACAGGAACUAUUUCAUAAUUUUAUUUCACUAUCCAUGAGUACUGGAAAAUACAAGAUUUUGACAGAUUCCAACACUUCAUUGCUUCUCAGUUUAAAUCAUCCACAGUCUACAGUUAGAAAUCUCGCCACCAGACAGCUCAAGGAAAUAAUUGCAUCUUCAAAGGAGGGUUUUGACCAGUCUUUCUUAAAGGAAGCAGUGUUGAGUCGUCUUGAAGAUGAGAAUCCUGAAGUUGUCAUGACUGCCUUGAAUGCUCUAGAGAUGUAUGUUGAACAUCUUGGUCCCCAGACAACAGUAUCCAGUCUUCUGUCUCUAUUCGGUCGAGUGGAUCUUGCAAGAAAAGGACAGUGGUUGCCAGUUUUCAAGGAAGCUGUCAGAAUCUUAGACAGUGAUGAAAUUUUAAAGGAAAAUGAAGAUUCAAGAAAUCAAGCUGCAGUGGAGCUCCUGCCUUACCUAAUCAUCACAAGUCCAUAUAUGGAAUCAGCUGAGCAACAGUUUUCUUCAUACCUUAGCAAGACAACGUUAUUAGGACAGCACCCCCUUGUAAAAGGCUGGUCAAAAGCCCUUGAGGAUAUCAUUUCAAAGUAUAAUUCACUUUCUGUUGUGGGUGCAGCCAGUAUUACAAUGAUUACAACAUUGACAAAAAAUUUGUCUUUGAUGAAGGAAUCUUCCAAAUUAAAAAUGCUUGAUGAUCUUAUCCAACUUUCAGAGAAGGAGUCUGGAUUACAGGGAAGAGCUGCAUUUUUUGUUUUCAUGUACAUUAUAGUUCAAGGCAUUCAAUCUUUAAAUGGAGGUGAUCAUUUGGAAAGAGCAUCAAAAGUGUUUGGUCUGAUUGAAUUACAUCUUAGGAAGCUUUUUGCUUCAGAAGACUUUUUGGAGUGUCCCAUGAGUAUGAUGCCCCACUCCUCAGGAAGCAGUUUUCCUCCCGGAGAGAUUCUACAUGACUACUUGGUUAAAAUUAAAAUGGGAGAACAUGUUGAACAAGAGAGUUGUAUUCUGCUGACUUUAUUACUCGGCUUCUUUGUGUCCACUCUCAAGAGCCCCAAGUCAUUUUUCAAAGGUAUGAUUUGGUUGAAUCCCGAAAAGAAUGAUCCAGAAAGCUGCAGCUACCUGCGACUGCUCAUUGGAAUAUUUGAUGUUGUCAUUAGUGGUGCAAGCCAAGGAGAGGGGGCAUUUGCUUUCAGAAAUCUAAUGAAGCUUCUCCUCAAGAGUCAUUUUGGCGAUCCUCUUGACCUCUUCAGAUUCUUAUCAUUGAUGUGGACUUACAACUACAGUCUGACAGACACACUUAGUUAUGCAUUACCUGCUCUACUACAGACACAGGCUCUGUAUGUGGGUUCUGCAUUGCUGGGUGCACAGACUGGCAGUACAAUGAAGCAACUUGCCUCAGCACCAUACCUAGUGCCAUCUUUGCUGGUGAACUUGGGCAGCCCAGUUAGAGAAGUAAGACGAACUUCGAUUACUUGCUUCCAGGCAUUGGCUGAACAGGAAGGGUCUCAUUUUUUCCCUGUGAUUGAGAAAAUCCUUAAAUGUACAGAGGAAAUAAUUGCUGAUCCUUCCCAUGUGACUCAGGCAAUUGGAGCCCUUUUUGAGGAGGACCUGGUGUGUCAGAAGCCUAAAUCCCAUCAGAAGAAGUUGGCAACAGCACUGAAUGAAUUGCUGAAGUGCAUCUCCAGCCCUGAUUGUCCAUCGUAUAUAGCUAGAGCUUUAUUGAAGCUCCUGAAUGAGGUCAACAAUGAGGCAAUACUGUCGGCGCUGCUGCCUGCCCUUGAGAGGUUGUUGUUGAAUUCCAGUCAGCAGCUACUGAAGGAUGAAGUUACGGUAUUGCAACUCAUUCUGGGAAAAUACAACAAACAUUCCUCACCUCUUCUGAUUAAGAAUGACAAGAGUUUGGAGUUGUUCAUUAAAGCAAUGAAUGCUACAGCUGAAGUAUAUCAAGGUUUUCCAAAGUUUCAGAUCGUUGCCCUUGAACAGAUAACAAAAGAGUUUUUUGCAUCAUUGCCAGAAGAGAGAAUACAGCAGAGAUUGCUGGGAGUUAUGUUUGACUUGCUUGUUGAUUGUAAAGACCCACAGUGCGUCCAAACAGUGAACAGUGUUUUCAAAGCUAUCACAGUUGAUGCUGAUCUUAUUGCAAAUGAACUUUAUUUUUUGGAAAAGCCUAAAACAACAACUGUUCAGCAAACAAGACAGAAAAUGCAGCAGCAGAGAAAAUCACAGGUACCUGAAGACAAUGAGGUAAAUUGGCAAAGAGUUACCCUAAUUCUGGAGUUGCUUCAACACAAAAAGAAAUUAAAGAGACCACAGUUACUGGUUCCUUCCCUGUUUGUUCUUCUCUCAAGGUGCUCAGAACUUUGUUCCCCAGAGGAGGAGGAUCUGGAGUACACAAAGCAGCUAGUCUUGAGCUGCUUAACAAACAUCUGUCAGAAACUUUCUCCAGAAGGAGGACGUGUUGAUAAAGAUGUGUUGGAUGAAGAGAAGUUUAAUGUGGAGUUAAUUGUGCAAUGUAUCAGAAGCUCCAGUGUUCCUCAGACCCAUCACCAUGCAUUACUACUACUAGGAACUGCAGCUGGGAUGUUUCCUGAAAAGGUUCUUCACAAUAUUAUGCCUAUAUUUACAUUCAUGGGUGCAAAUAUUAUGAGGCUUGAUGACACUUACAGUUUCCAGGUCAUUACCAAAACAGUACACACUGUUAUUCCAGCCCUUAUACAGGCCAAUGACACAGCAUUACCUGAGAACUCUGGUAACAUAGAAAAUGUGGUCAAUAAUAUUAUAAAUGUGUUUGUGGAUGCCCUGCCUCAUGUCCCAGAGCACCGGAGGUUACCCAUCUUGAGCCAUCUUCUUAGCACUGUGGGUCCAGAAAGAUUUCUGUGGGUGCUGCUUCUGCUUCUCUUCAAACAACAUGUUACUAAAACUGUUUCUUCUGCAACAAAUGAGGAGAAGGAUGCUGCCCUGGAAAGAGAUGUAGAGUUUUGGAUUUCAUUAUGCUCAGAUUUUGAAGUUCAGGAACAGCUGAUUAGUGUGAUCAAGAUCCUGCAGUACCUGCCCAGUUUACCAGAUGACAAAGAGGAAGGUAAUGGGAAAACAAGGAACACAAAGAAGAAAUCUGAUUUGGGGGAAACUGUGACCAUGCUGUUCAACACAGAAGAAUACAGUGGAAAAGAGCUCCGACAUUAUAAGUUUCUUACAGUCUCAUUCAUUGCUAAGCUUCUAGCUUCAAGUAGCUUUAUCGGAAAGGUUGCAGACAUUGGUGAAUCCUUGCAGGACACUCUUCAAAGACUAGAACAAAGUCUUUUAGAGGAAAUUCUAAGAUACAUUAAUAGUGUUGCUGCCUCUGUGGAAAAGAACUCCGAUAAGCCGACAGCAAAAUUCUGGAGGGCACUGCUUAACAAAUCAUAUGAUGUUUUAGAUAAGGUGAAUUCACUUCUGCCUAAUAAUGCAUUCAUCCCAGUUAUCAAAGGCCUCAUGGGUAAUCAGCUACCUUCUGUCCGACGUAAAGCUAUGGAUCUGCUCAAUAACAAACUGCAGCAUCGUAUACAGUGGCAGGAUGAACAGGUGAUUCAUCUCUUGGAACUAAGUGAAGACCUGCUUUUGAUUGCUCAGCGUAAGCAACAUAUGGAGGAGGAACAAGCUAUAAACAGACAGACUGCUUUGUACAGUCUCAAGCUGCUGUGUAGAUGCUUUGGAGCGGAGCAUCAGCAGCAUUUUGUGCCAGUGCUGCGCAGUGUGGUUGACCUUGUAAUGUCAAGAGAGGAGGAGAAAAAUGUCUUGGGAAGUGCACUCCUCUGUAUAGCUGAAGUCACCAGUGUCAUCAAGGCACUAGCCAUCCCUGAACUGCCAAGGUUAAUGCCUGCUGUAAUAAAGUCACUAAAGGACAGGAAAGAGUUGCUGUCCAAUGAGAUUUAUUUGCUGAGUAUGGUCACGACGUUACAGAAAGUCUCAGAAGCUUUGCCACAUUUUAUUAGCCCAUAUCUCAUGGAUAUCAUAUUGCUGAUGGCUCGAUUAAAGAGGAUUACUCUGAGUACUGCUCAUUGCAUUCAGUUCAAUGCUCGUUUGACCUCCCUGCAGACCACAUUGGUGACGAAACUGGCCCCCCGUGUUUUGCUGCCCAUCUUCAUUAAGUGCUACAGCAAGUUGGUUGAUAGUCGCAUGAGCCAUAUUGGUCCAUUAAUGGAGAUUUUUCAAGAUCAUAUCAAACACAUGCAAAGUGAGCAGUUGAAGUCGAGUCAGUCAGAGCUCACAAACUUUUUCCUAAAAGCCCUGGACUUCAGAUCUGAUCAUUCUGAGAUUGCUUUGGACCAGAUUUGUGAAAUUGAAGGUCAUCUGGUUGACUGCCAACUCGUAAUGAUCAUGAAGCUUUCUGAAGUCACAUUCAGACCACUUUUCUUCAGGCUAUUUGACUGGUGCAAAACUGAGGGGGCUCCUAAGGAUCGUCUGUUGACCUUCUGCCGUCUUGCUGACCGCAUAGCUGACAAGUUGAAGGGGUUGUUCUUACUUUUUGCUGGGCAUUUAGUGAAACCUUUCUCAGACCUCCUUAAUCAGACAAACCUAUCAAAAACAGAUGAAGCAUUCUUUUCUGAGUCUAAAGACAAUAUUGAAAAGAGUUGUCUAAUGCUUCAUUAUAUCCUGGAUUGUCUACACAAAAUUUUCCUGUAUGAUACUAUGAAAUUCGUUAGCAAAGAGAGAGCAGAAUUCCUCAUGAUGCCCCUGAUUGAUCAGCUGGAGAACAUGCUAGGAGGAGAAGAAUCAUUCCAGACAAGGGUCACUGAACAUCUGAUUCCUUGUGUAGCUCAGUUCUCUGUAGCUGUUGGUGAUGAUGCACAAUGGAAACAGCUUAAUUAUCAGAUUUUAUUAAAGACCAGGCACAGCCUUCCAAAGGUCCGGUUUGCUGCUUUAAUGAUGCUGAUGGAACUUGCUGGUAAACUACGGGAAAACUAUAUGGUGUUGCUUCCAGAAACUAUUCCUUUUCUGGCAGAACUCAUGGAAGAUGAAUGUGAGGAAGUGGAACAGCAAUGUCAUAAAGUUAUCCAGCAGCUGGAGGUCAUUCUAGGAGAGCCUCUACAAAGCUAUUUCUAACAGAACACACAUGAUAAUAUGCUACAACUGUCCAAUUAUUGAAGGACAAAGAGUGAGAAUCCCCCCUUCUGACAGAAAAACAUCUUAAAUGUAGUGUUUUUCUGUGUUUGCUGCAGAAGAACAAGAAAGGAGUGAAGUUGUUUUGUUUUUUUUCAUUUGUAAUUAUUUUUUUAAAUUUUUUUAUUAAAAAAAAUAUGUAUUUAUGUAUGUAUAAAGUGAUUAAGUGUCAGGAAAUAGUACAGUAAAUUCUGUAUCUUCCAUGCCAUUUUACAUUAUUUAAGAGAUCCACUUGGCCAUUCCUCUUGUGAUGAUUCUAUUAACAUUUUCUGUGGAAUAGAUAUUUAUAGAGUAUGGAGUGCCAUGUGUCUUCUGAGACACUUUUCACAUACAGUAAGCACAUUUACUUUUUAAACUGUUGCCCAUUUUGUUAUUACAUGAAAAUGUUAAAGUAUUAGUCUGUUUGUUGGUUAAAGACAUAGUCCUGGCUUACUGUUCAUGUUUGCCAUUUGACUGCCACAAAUAGUUUUAAUAUCAGUCUGAUUUUGAAGGUACUUACCUAAUUUAACACCCUUGAUCUUCCCAGCGAUUUUAAGGGACCAUUCUGAAUUAUCUGAAAGUAGAUAUUUACAGCAGUCAGAUGGUAAUAUUCAUAUGUUCAUAGAUUAAACUGUAUUACAGUAUGUGUUUUAUUGCAUUAAGUAUCAUUUGAAUAAUGCAAAAAUGGUACCGUUAUUGAGCUUAUUAUAUAAGUGUUGGACAGAGUUUUUAUGAAACCAAUGUCUUGGCAAGACGUUAGUAAUUACAUGUAUGUUUGUAUCCUUUGUUGACCUAAAAAAGCCUGUGAAUCUUUUCUCUUAUAAAUAAGUUUCUACAUUUUUAA